UUUUUCUUUUUCCUAGUAAAUAGCUCCAUCUGCUGGACCCUCACAGAAAUAGCUACGCCCAGAAGAGAUCCGUCCAUCCAACGAUCAAACCAAUCGAAUACAACCCAAAGAACGAAAUGACGACCUUGAUGACGACGUUUCCCACGCACCACUCCUACUCCCACACCCAAACCACUUUCCACACUACCCUUCCCCCAAUCCAAUCCCUCUCCUUCCGCACUCCCAAUCACAAUUUCAGACUCUUAUGUUUCUCUUCGGACCCCUCCUAUUCGCCGCCGGUCGUCGUCGUCGGCUCUGCCAACGCCGACAUCUACGUAGAGAUCGACCGCCUCCCGCUAGAAGGCGAGACCCUCUCUGCGAAGUCCGGCGAGACGCUUGCUGGCGGCAAGGGCGCCAAUCAGGCCACGUGCUCCGCUAAGCUCUCCCAUCCGACCUACUUCAUCGGACAGGUUGGUGAUGACGCUUUUGGUAGCCUUGUUACCGGCGCGCUUCGCAGCGGCGGUGUUCGCCUCGACAGUCUGACGGUGGUUCCGUCCGUACCCACUGGUCACGCCGUCGUCAUGCUCCAAUCCAACGGCCAGAACUCCAUCAUUAUCAUUGGGGGUGCUAACUCGAGUGGUUGGCCCAGUUCGCUGCCACAUCAUCAUUUGGACCUCGUGACCCAAGCCGGUAUUGUUUUGUUGCAGAGGGAGAUACCCGAUUAUGUCAACGUUCAAGUCGCACAGGCUGCGAGAAAUGCUGGCGUGCCUGUUGUGUUGGAUGCUGGAGGAAUGGAUGGACCACUUCCGCCGCAAUUAUUGAAUUUUGUUGAUAUUUUGAGUCCUAAUGAAACUGAACUUGCUCGCAUUUCUGGAAUGCCUACUGAAAGUUUUGAACAGAUUGCACAGGCUGCUUUGAAAUGCCAUGAAUUGGGAGUUAAACAAGUUCUUGUGAAACUUGGGCAUAAAGGAUCUGCCCUUUUUGUAGAAGGAGAAAAACCGAUUCAGCAGCCUGCCAUAUUAGCUAAAACAGUCGUAGAUACAACUGGCGCUGGUGAUACUUUUACUGCCGCUUUUGCUGUGGCCUUAGUUGAGGGCAAGUCCAGAAAAGAAAGCCUCAGAUUUGCUGCUGCUGCAGCUUGUCUUUGUGUUCAAGUUAAGGGAGCCUCUCCCAGCAUGCCAGAUAGGAAAUCUGUUUUGGAUCUACUUAAUCGUCAAUGAAAAUACUUGCUCAAGGUCAAUUUUCACUGAAAGCACUUUUACCUUUGUUUCAAUUGUUUGGACUUAUCGCUUGUUCCUGUUUAUUGAGGAAAAUUAAUAAUUUAGACUUUUUGAUGAAGCGCUGGCAUCGGUAUCUUUAUAUGGUAUUUGUUGCUUUCCUUCCCAUUAUGAAUCAAUUUUCUGAUGCUCCUGACAAUAAUUGGAUGGUCUUUGUCAUUACAGAUUCACGCGUGGCUCUCAAGUAUAUAACUAUUAUUUAGUUUCAUAGAUGCGUUGUUAAUACAAUUCAUGUGUACAUUUACUAAAAUUCUCUCGAGUCUGUCCUAUUAUUGAUCCUGUUUUGUGAACAUAUUUGUUUCAACAUGCUAAAUGAGCAGUCAGUGCGUAGGAAAA